AUGUCCUACCGAGGGAAUCCUGGCGGCCAAUACUCCUCUCUUCCUAGCGGCCCUCGUGCUGGCGCGCGGCCUGGUUACGGCGCACCCCCACCCCAAUCAAUGCAAUAUAAUGCGCCUCCCAAUCAAUACAACGAUCCACCCUCAUCUUCGUUCGAGAAACGUGGCUAUGACGAGAAGCGAUCAAACGACCGACGUCCACCGCCGCCAUCUCAGUCCGUCGGGGGUGCCGAACGUUUCCAGGUGGAAGGAUCGACUUCGAACCCCCUUGCUUAUACCAAUCGUUUGGUUGUCCACCCUGCGGACUUUCAACAAGGCCAGCAUGUACUAGCUUAUGGAGAGAAAGGAGUCUACCCUGUCACCGUCGUACAUGAUAAUACCAACAAGCUGAAUCAAGGUAGCGUUGGAGCAAAUGUCAUGCAUAGGCAAUGGAUCGGUCUCGCCGUUCAAGGGGACGUUAUAAAGAUCGAGCCAUAUCCAGAACCCAGUUACCUUGAGUCCCUGGAUAUCGAAAUGGGAUUCUUGCGUAAAACAGAAAGCAACGAACAAUUUUCUGCGGACGACUUAGCUGCUGCUUUCCUCCGCUCGUUCAAUGGACUUGUUCUUUCCGUCGGCCAGCCUCUGAUCUUCGACUUUCGGGGACAGAAUUUGAAGGCAAUUGUCAAGGGUCUUUCAACUCUGGAGCUUGCUGAUCAACAGCAACGUGGCUCUAGAAGAGCAGAUCGCGGGCCUGACCCUCGCAGCUUUGGUGUCCUCAUGGACAAGACCGACAUUACUGUUAUGAAAGGCGCCGAGGCUAAUGGAAUCAUGAUCAAAUCGAGUGCAAAAAAAGCACCUCCCAAUGCCAUUCUUGCGCCGAACUUCAAAUUCGAGGACAUGGGCAUUGGUGGUCUGGACGCCGAGUUCAGUGAUAUCUUCCGUCGCGCUUUCGCCUCCCGCGUUUUCCCUCCUGGUUUAGUCGAAAAGUUGGGUAUCGAGCACGUCAAAGGUCUUCUCCUUCACGGCCCUCCUGGAACGGGAAAAACUUUGAUCGCUCGGCAAAUCGGGAAGAUGCUCAAUGCGCAUGAACCGAAAAUUGUCAAUGGACCCGAAAUCCUCAGCAAGUUCGUAGGUGCUUCGGAAGAGAAUAUUCGAAAGCUAUUCGAGGAUGCAGAGAAGGAGUACAAGGAGAAGGGCGAUGAAAGUGAACUGCACAUCAUUAUUUUCGACGAGUUAGAUGCUAUUUUCAAACAGCGUGGCUCGACCAACAACGGUACUGGAGUCGGCGACAGUGUUGUCAAUCAGCUUCUGUCUAAGAUGGAUGGUGUCGAUUCUCUCAACAACAUCCUCAUCAUCGGUAUGACGAAUCGGAAGGACAUGAUUGAUGAAGCUCUUUUGCGUCCUGGUCGUCUUGAGGUGCACAUGGAGAUUUCUUUGCCUGACGAAAAGGGUCGUUAUCAAAUCCUCAACAUCCAUACGACCAAGAUGCGAAAGAAUGGUGUUAUGGACUCUGAUGUCGACCUCGAGGAGCUGGCUACCAUGACAAAGAACUUUUCUGGCGCUGAGAUCAAUGGCUUGGUCAAGAGCGCAACCAGUUUUGCCUUCAACCGCCAUGUCAAGGUCGGAACGAUGGCGGGCAUCAGCGAGGACGUUGAUAACUUGAUGGUCAACCGCAGCGACUUUUUGCACGCGUUGGAGGAAGUCAAGCCUGCGUUCGGUGUAUCGGAAGAGGAGCUGGAAGCUGUCAUUCAGAACGGCAUCAUCCGUUUCGAUGGUGUUAUCGACGAACUCCUUCGGUCUGGAAGUCUCAUCGUCGAGCAAGUUCGAACAUCGAAACGAUCACCUGUCGUCAACGUUCUACUGCAUGGCCCGCCUGGUGCUGGAAAAACAGCACUCGCAGCUCAGAUUGCUCAGGCGUCGCAGUUCCCCUUCAUCAAGCUUAUUACCCCGGACAACAUGAUCGGCAUGGGCGAGGCCCAGAAGAUCUCAGCCAUCAACAAAGUGUUUAUGGACAGCUACAAGAGUCCGCUAAGCGUUGUUGUUGUCGACAAUAUCGAGCGACUCAUAGAAUGGUCUCCCAUGGGUGCAAGAUUUUCGAAUCCGGUUCUUCAGGCUCUGUUAGUGCUAAUAAGUCGCCGACCACCCAAGGACCGCCGCCUUCUUGUCAUUGCCACGACCUCCAACCGCGGUAUUCUUACCGACCUCGGGUUCCAGGACUUCAAUCAAGUCAUGCGCGUUCCUCCCAUCACGGCCCUUUCUGCGCUGGACUAUGUCCUCCGCGAAACUCGGCUCUUCCGAAGUAAAGACGAGCAUCGCGAGGCGAUCGCGAUGCUGCGUGACGCUGGGUUCGACAAGAAGCCAGACGAUCCGAAUGCGCGCCUGCAGAUCGGAGUCAAGAAGCUACUGGGCUUGAUAGAGAUGGCCAGACAAGAACCGGAUGGUGUGGCGGAGCGUUUGGUUACUGCGCUCAUGGAGUUGGACUUGUAG